UCUUUAAGUUCUUCACUCAUUAUGGAAAAUGAACAAGCUCCUGAUAAGGAGAGAUUCGCUCGUGAGAAUCACAGUGAAAUUGAACGUCGCCGUCGAAACAAGAUGACCGCUUAUAUCACCGAAUUAUCUGACAUGGUACCAACAUGUAGUACAUUAGCAAGAAAACCCGAUAAAUUGACCAUCCUUCGAAUGGCCGUGAAUCACAUGAAAUCAUUACGAGGUACCGGUAACACAAGUAACGAUGGAACCUACAAACCUUCAUUCCUCACUGACCAGGAACUUAAACAUCUCAUUUUAGAGGCUGCUGAUGGUUUCUUAUUUGUUGUCUCUUGUGAUACUGGAAGGAUUAUCUAUGUUUCUGAUUCGGGCCCGGUUUUAAAUCAAUCACAAUCAGAUUUUUUCAAUUCUUGUAUAUAUGAUGUUGUUCACCCUGAAGAUCGGGAAAAAGUUCAAGAACAACUGUCAACCUCAGAGUCACCCAAUUCAGCAAGAAUUUUGGACUUGAAGACUGGAACUGUUAAAAAAGAUGGAAGUCAAAAUAUGUCUCGAAUGUCAAUGGGAUCUAGACGUGCAUUCAUUUGUCGCAUGAAAAUCGGUAAUGUUCAACCUGAUGCCUUAUCUCCAGGUCAUAUACAUCGUAUACGCCAAAGAAAUAGUUUAGGCCCAUCAACGGAUGGUAAUGCUUAUACUGUGGUUCAUUGCACUGGUUAUAUUAAGAAUUGGCCUCCCGCUGGAGUUCCGGUUGAAAGAGGAUUAGAUGGUGAGGAUGGUCAUCAUGGUUCACAUUCCUGUUUGGUUGCGAUUGGUCGUCUUCAGGUGACCAGUACACCCGAUACAAAUGAUCUAAUGGGAUCAAAUUCUAAUGCUGAAUUUAUAACUCGUCACAGUAUGGAUGGUAAAUUCACUUUUGUUGAUCAAAGAGUUGGAAUUGUUCUCGGUUAUCAACCUCAAGAACUUCUUGGUAAAUCGUGUUUUGAGUUCUUCCAUCCAGAAGAUCAGAACCACAUGAAAGAAUCUUUUGAACAAGUUCUUAAGCUCAAAGGACACACUAUGUCAGCUAUGUAUCGAUUUCGAGCAAAAAAUUGCGAUUGGAUUUGGUUUCGAACGUCAAGUUUUGCUUUCAUUAAUCCUUACACUUCGGAGGUCGAAUAUAUUGUUUGUACCAAUGCUUUAGUGAAAAGCCUCAAUCAAGGAGGUGAUGUUACUACUCAAGAUCAUCAAAAUACAACCGCUGAUGGCUCAAUGACACACAAUUAUCAAACUCAUUCCAUUCAAGGAAACGCUGGUUUAAUUCAAACUAAUCAACAGCCAAAGCCUGAAGGUUUAGACUACAGUUUACAAAGAAAUGAAAAUGUUUAUUCAUCAAUGAUUCCUCAAGCUCGACCUCAUCUUCAUGGACAAACGAUGGUCAAUGAUAGACGAUCAACUCCAACAGGCGGUCAAGUUUAUUAUGAUCCAAACGCAAAUCAAUCCAACAACCAAAUGAGUUAUAAUCCUAACAAUCUAUCAUCAGUACCACCACCAACAUCCAAUCUUGUCGGCGGUCAUACAUUAGCACAAAUGGGUAAAAGUUCUGGAUCCAGAAAUACUCCUUCACCGCCAAUGGCUGCAUGGGUACCAAGACCAAUUCAAAGGUCUGAUGGUUAUAAUCAAUCAUAUAAUCAAAUUAGUCCACCAUCACGAAGUCCGUCAGGACCAACAUACACUCAACUUAACAGUGCUAUUGGAAAUCGAGCUGGAAUGUGGGGACAAUGGCAAGGAACUGCUACUCCAGAGACUCCCGUUUCCUCUGCACCCACUGGUCAACCGACUGCCCAACCAAAUCAUUCCCAGAAUCAUGCAAAUUCAAAUGCUCCAGGAGCUCAUCCACCUCAACAAGAAUUAACUGAUAUGCUACAAAUGCUUGGACAGACUGAACCAACAUCUUUCGAAGAACUUUCCAUGUUUAAUUCAUUCCCAGAAUGAAAAUAAUAAAUGCUAAGAAAAACAAUUGAAAGAUUCCAAAUCUUGAGAAAAUAUAACCUGGAUAAAGAAAUCAAAAAAAAAAUCUCAUAUCAACCAUCAAUUUCACUCUCUCCCUCUCUCAGCUCACACUCUAAAGGCACAAAAGGGGCAAAAACAAGAUGAAAACACAACCCAACUUACAACAAUCUCACCCACAAUCAACAUCAUUACACAAACACACAAUCAUAAUCAUAUUUAAACACUGACUUUAUCGCAAUAUUUUGCUUAUUUAUUUAUUGCUCAUUCAACUAUAUGGUUUUAAUUUAACAUUCAUGACAAGCUGACUUAUAGUUAAGUUAUAAAAAACGUUUUAAUAAAAAUUUUUAACAAUCUCA